AUGGGUGUCGUAGCAGUCGCCGGUGGAACCGGAAACAUAGGCCGCACUAUUGUCGAGGCUCUCAUCGCUUCUAAGAAGCACAAGACCUUGGUCUUCUCUCGAAAGCCCAAUCCAGAUUUGGAAAAGGAACUUGGAGUUCCAAUCAUCAGUGUCGACUAUGAUAAUAUCAAGGCGGUUACCGAGACCCUUGAGCAGAACAAUGUCGACACCGUCAUAUCUGCUAUCAAGAUGAUGCCUAAAGGAGGCGUUGAUCCCAAGGAAAUUCAGCUUAUACAGGCCGCAGAUCUCUCCAAGACAACUAAAAGAAUGAUCUCAAGCCACUAUGGACAUCCUCAUGCUGAAGCGCACGCUGAGCAGCUUCCCUCUGAUAUCUUCAAACAGAAAGCGCUAGAGGCGCUCAAAGCUGCGAAAGAUCUCGAGACCACUCGCAUUCUCAAUGGACAGUUCAUGGACUUCUGGGGAAUGCCCGGCGUCAAAUCACCGCUGGCCCCCUUCACUAUGGCCAUCGACAUCGCCAAUGACACUGCGGCCAUCCCCGGCGACGGAAACACGCCUGUCAUAAUGACCCAUACCUCUGAUGUGGGCAAAUAUGUAGCCGCCAGCCUUGACCUAGAGAAGUGGGAACCCAUUCAUUACAUUGCAAGCGAUAAGGUUACUUUCAACCAACUGCUUUCAUAUGCCGAAGAGGCCAAAGGCAAAAAAUUCUCGGUCACAUAUGACAGCCUGGAAAACUUGAAACAGGGGCAUUUGACGGAGCUUCCAGGCCAGACGGCAACCUACAGUCAGAUCCCCAAGGAGGUUUUGCAGAAAAUCUUGAUUUCGUUCAAUAUUUGGUACGCGACAGGAGUGUUCAACUAUGAAGUUGGAACGACUCUCAACGACAAGUUUCCGGAUAUCAAGCCCCUGACGGCCAAGGAGUUGAUUGACAGAGCUUGGAAGAAGGUCUAG